AUGAACAAAGAAAAAACAACAAUAAAUGCAUUUACAGUUCCACAAGGUGCAGUUCAACAAAUGCAAAAUGUUCUCCUAAUCUGGUUAGACGGUAACAUUGACGAAACAAAUGAUGAUUGUCAAAAUACAAUCAAAAGAUUACGAUGUGCUGUUGAGGACAUUAAGACAUAUACAAAUGGUGAUCAAUGCCUUGAAUUUAUUGAAACAGUCGUCGAUAAGAAGGUAUGUAUGAUUAUGCCUGGAUAUCUUGGACACCGUAUUGUGCUUCGUGUGCACAAUAUGUCUCAAUUAGAUUCAAUUUUCAUUUUUUGUGGUAAUAAAACACUCCAUGAACAAUGGGCCAAAGAUUGGCCCAAAAUAAAGGGUGUCUUCACAGAUAUUACACCCAUCUGUGAAGCACUCAAGGAAGAUGCUGAUCGAUGUGAGCAGGAAGCUAUUCCCAUCAGUUUCAUGAGACCAAAUGAAAAGUUGGAUCAAUUAGAUCCUUCUUUUAUGUACACCCAAAUCAUCAAAGAAAUCUUACUAACCAUCAAAUUCGGCCAAAACGACAUACAAGAUUAUAUCGAUUACUGUCGCGUUGUUUUUGCCGAAAAUGAACUAGAAAUUGAAAACAUUGAACGGUUACAAAGUGAAUACCACAACAAAACACCAAUUUAUUGGUACAGCUACCCAAUGUUCUUGUAUCCCAUGAUGAAUCGUGCAUUACGAUCGAUGGAUGGUGAUAUCAUCACACGGAUGGGCUUCUUCAUUUGUGAUCUUCAUCGACAAAUUGAACAAAUGCACAAGGAACAAUAUGGUGGUGCAACUGCUGCAGACCCCUUCACCGUUUAUCGUGGUCAAGGUUUAUCUACAGCGGAUUUUGAAAAAAUGACUACAAAUAUAGGUGGUCUUAUUUCAUUCAACAGCUUCUUAUCUACCAGUAUAGUUCGCGGAAUUUCAGAAGAGUUUGUUCAAGCUGCUAUAACAAAUCCAGAUCAAGUGCGUGUUCUUUUUAUUAUGGAAGUUAAUCCUACUGAAUCAACAACACCAUUUGCUUCGAUUGCUGGUCUUAGCGAGCUCCCACGAGAACAGGAACUCUUGUUUUCGAUGCAUAGUGUUUUUCAUAUUCAGGAUAUUAAACAGGUGGAUGAAAAUAAUCGUUUAUAUGAAGUUAACUUGGUACUUACUGCUGACAACGAUCCAAAAUUGAAAAGACUUACAGAUUACAUUCGACAAGAGAGUUUUCCAAACGAUGAGGGAUGGUACCGACUGGGCUUGGUACUAUGGAAAAUGGGUUUAUUUGAUAAAGCUGAAGAUAUUUAUCAAGUUUUACUUGAUCAAACAACGAAUCACAAAGACAAAGCACCUAUUUAUCAUCGCCUUGGUACGAUCAAAUAUGAUCAAGGAAACUAUCGAGAAGCACUAUCAUCUUAUCAAAAAGCCCUUGAAAUUUGGCAGCAAUCACCUACGCCCAAUUAUCCGGAUUUGGCUUCUUCAUACAAUAACAUUGGUUUAGUGCACAUAAACAUGGGUAAUUAUUCGAAAGCACUUUCAUCUUAUGAAAAAGCUGUUGAAAUCCAACAACAAUCACUUACUGCGAAUCAUCCUGAUUUGGCUUCUUCAUAUAACAACAUUGGUGAAGUGCAUAGAAACAUGGGUGAUUAUCCAAAAGCACUUUCAUCUCUUGAAAAAGCUCUUGAAAUCAAACAGCAAUCAAUUCCUUCCAAUCAUCCUGAUUUGGCUAACUCGUAUAAUAACAUUGCUUCAGUACGUUACAACAUGGGUAAUUAUCCAAAAGCACUUUCUUAUUAUGGAAAAGCUCUUGAAAUCAGACAACAAUCACUUCCUUCUAAUCAUCCCGAUUUGGCUUCUUCCUACAACAACAUUGGUUUAGUGCAUCUACACAUGGGUGAUUAUCCGAAAGCACUUUCGUUUCAUGAAAAAGCCCUUGAAAUCAAGCAACAAUCACUUCCUCCCAAUCAUCCUCAUUUCGCUCCUUCCUACAACAACAUUGGUGAAGUGUAUGCCAAGAUGGGUAAUUAUCCAAAAGCACUUUCUUAUUAUGAAAAAGAUCUUGAAAUCAGUAAAGAAUCACUUCCUCCUUAUCAUCCUGACUUGGCUAUAUCCUACAAUGACAUUGGUGAAGUGCAUGCCAAGAUGGGUAAUUAUUCAAAAGCACUUUCAUCAUAUGAAAAAGCUGUUGAAAUCCAACAACAAUCACUUACUACGAAUCAUCCUGAUUUGGCUUCUUCAUAUAAUAACAUUGGUGAAGUGCAUAGAAACAUGGGUGAUUAUCCAAAAGCACUGUCAUCUCAUGAAAAAGCCCUUAAAAUUCAAGAACAAUCACUUCCUUUCAAUCAUCCUGAUUUGGCUAAAUCCUACAAUAACAUUGGUUCAGUGUAUUACAACUUGGGCAAUUAUUCAAAAGCACUUUCUUAUUAUGAAAAAGCUGCUGAAAUCCAACAACAAUCACUUUCUCUCAAUCAUCCUGAUUUGGCUUAUUCCUACAACAACAUUGGUGAAGUGCAUUACAGCAUGGAUAAUUAUCCGAAAGCCUGUACAUUUUAUGAGUAUGCUAUACAAAUUGCACAACAGUCAUUACCUUCAGAUCAUCCGAACAUUCAAAAGUAUAGAAGUAACCUCGAGGAUGUAAAAAACAAACAAUAA